AAUGAUGGUAUUACAUCGUCGGUUUUUCUCCAAUCUCGCUACUUUUUAAAUAAACUUGUAUCAAUCGAACCAGUGAGCACUGUACCAUCGUUAUCAUCGACGAGAACGGCCACAAGUAGAAGCAGCCAGUAAUAGACAGACACGGUUAGCCAAGUCGUACCGAAUUCAACGCAUACUAUUCAAAUAUCCAAAUUCAAUUUUUCUGAAAACAAUACUACCGUCUAUCUAUCAUAGCUAACAACCACUCAUUCGCGGUAUAUAAGUUUAACAAUAAACUUAACAAAGACGAAAGAACUUCCUAGCUACUUCAAAAUAAUCCUUAUUCUUAUUGAAUCGCAAUUACCCACCAAUACCGCGCAACCUAAUAUACUUAAGCCAACUAAUCACCAUCGUGCCAUCGUAGAUUGACAGUCUACGAACACGAAAUCUCGUAACAAAGAGAAUUAUGUUCCUCCCUGCAGCAUCAAUGUGAAACGAUCGCGCUGUUAACGUCUCAAAUGAACCGUCUUAGAAGUAAAGUGUUAAAAUUGAUGUCUGAUGUGUAAUUUGUAUAUUUAUAGCAGGCACAUAUUUACAAUACCAGUUAAUUGAGGUUGAAGGCGCGGAUUGAUUACAGGUUGCUCGUACCAUAAGCCAGCCGGAAAGGUUUCCUACGAUACGUGUUGCCGACCGUGCGAAGGCUGAACCGGUAUCACCGAGUGACAUUUGACGCAAAAUGUCGAUGAUAGCGAAGACUACCUCAAACUAUAAAAGGUGGACGGGAUAGACUAGCGGCCGUCAGUACGAUUUCACACGCGAUAACUGGAAAAUCACGAGGAAGCCCCUUCAGCCCACGUCAUGUACGCCCGCACGGUUUUCCUCUUGCACCUGAUGGUUAUGGUGUUGGCCGCGGACAGGGAGAUACCCAUCGUCAGUCAGAGCCAAGACAUCAGCCCAGACGGCAGUUUCUCGACGAAAUGGGAAAGCGGCAACGGCAUCAGCUUCCAGGAGGAGGGAUUUUUGAAGAACGCGGGCCAGAAGGACGCAGAGGCUGAAGAGGUGCGUGGCUCUGCCUCGUGGACCGCACCAGACGGGACCAAAUUGAACCUUGGUUGGGUGGCCAACGAAAAUGGCGCCACUUUCCAGGGCGCUCAUCUGCCGACGCCACCGCCCCCGCAACCGGUGCCAGUUCUCAUCCAGCGAGCCCUCGACUGGAUAGCAGCUCAUCCCUACAAGGAGGAGAAGAAUAGAUUGUAAUUUUCCACGACAUCCCGUUUCGUCAAAACAACGUUUCGCGAACGAACCUGGACGGAAUUCGUUGCCUUCCUCGAUCGGUGUGGGUCAUUCUUCAGGAUUCUCUUCGUGUUCCAAGAGCGUUUCGGAGCCGUUCAUCCGCGUGGAUGGCUUUCCAGUGUGUUUCCACGCUGUAACGCGGAUACUGUAUCGUCUACGUCUGAAAAAUAAAGUGAGAAGUAAAUAUUCGGAGACAGUGGCGUCGUUGUAACCUGUUGACGAUAUUUGGUUUAUUUUCUUCCGUCUGUUAGAUAACGAGACACGUGUGAAUGUCGCUGAACGUUUUUGUCGAUAGGUAACCACGGAGAAAACUGAAACGUGGAUAUGUACGAAGAGUAAUAAAUCGAUACACACUGA